AUGCCGACCCCACUUGACGCCAUACGCACCGACACCACCAUCGACCCACAUAAAAUCGGUAACCUGCUAUUCGACCCGGGCUACCGCGAGACCCGAAUCCGCAUAGCUAGCAUCCUCAGCAGCGACCAGGUAUUCGACAAGUCCCUACGACCGCACCUCAACCACCGCCAACUCCUCCAUCUCUCUUUGCGUAUUUUCAAACGGUUGCUAGAGCUCCGUGACGCGCACGGAUGGUCCGAUCUCGAGUUUGCCCUCGCCUGUCGUUUGCAGGAUGAGUCUCUCCCGACGAGUCUUCACGACGCAGCUUUUGUCCCGGUCAUCGCAAGUCAUGGAACGCAAGAGCAGCAAGCGUAUUGGCUGCCGAGAUGUAAACGCUACGAGGUCGUCGGCUGCUACGCGCAGACUGAGUUGGCGCACGGGAGUAAUGUGCAGGAGCUAGAGACAGCCGCCAGGUUCGAUGUCACCUCGGGAGAGUUCGUGAUUUCCUCGCCUAGGCUGGAGAGUACAAAGUGGUGGAUUGGGGGAUUGGGAGUCAUGGCGAACCAUACAAUUGUACAGGCCGUGCUGUACUUGCCACUGCCUGGGAACCCGCUGGAGUACAAAUCUUACGGUCCACAUUUGUUCAUUGUCCCUGUCCGCUCGCUGAAGACGCAUGAGCCGCUACCGGGAAUCACUAUAGGGGACAUUGGGCCGAAGGUGUAUGGAGGGGUUGGCAUGGUGGAUAACGGUUAUGUGCAAUUUCGGGAAGUUCGGAUUCCACGGGAGAACAUGCUUAUGCGGCAUGCGCAGGUAAUGCUCACGGGAGAGUAUGUCCGGCCGGCGCAUGACAAACUUUCCUACGGCAGCAUGAUCGCGCUGCGGUCUGGCAUUCCAGUGAACCUGGGGUGGUCUUUAGCGAGAGCUGUUACAAUUGCUCUCAGGUAUUGCAUCCACAGACGGCAAUUUGCGGUGACUCCCGAUGGACCGGAGCAACCGGUUAUCACCUAUUCUGGUGUUAAGCAUAGAUUGUACCCAUUGCUGGCGUUGAGCUAUGCAUAUAUCAUUACUGGGAGGGAACUCUGGUCCAUGUAUCAGGAAAUGCUAGAGGAGGUUCAGCGUGGAAAUAUGGAGUCGUUGGCGGAGAUGCAUAGUUUGUCUGUUGCUUUGAAGGUCAAGAGCUCAACUGACUGUGCGAAGGGGCUGGAAGAGGCAAGGAAAUGCAUGGGUGGCCACGGAUACUCUCAUAUGAGUGGUGUCGGCCCACUAUUUGCAAACGCUACUGCUUCCCAAACAUAUGAAGGUUUGUCCCAGACACCCUCGCAUCACAGCCCCUCACUCCCCCAUCCCACUAUCCUAACGUGAAACGAAAAGGCGACAACCACGUAAUAUCCCAACAAACCACUCGCUCCCUCCUAAAGCAUAUCUCUGCCUUGCGCUCUUCCUCCUCGAGCCCCACCUCCCUCAACUCCAUCUCCCGCUCUUCUUCCGGCUCCUCUGCCUCCUCUCGCUCUUCGACCUCCUCCCUCUCAUCCUCAUCAUCAGCAUCAACAGAGCACCACCUCCCUUUAAGCAGCUCUUACCUCAUAAACACCCUCUUAGCCCCAGCCCAGUUCUACACCCAGCGCUCAAGCGUAAAAACAUCCAGUGAUUGGUACUCAUCAACCCACCAACUCUCGGCACUAGAGCAUCGCGCAGCCUACUUAAUCCUUGAACUUUCAGCCUCUCUCUCAUCGACCUCUACCCCUCAAAACUGGUCUUCGCACACGCACACCACGCACCAAAUCGCUUCUGCUCACGCGGACAUCUUUGUAGCGACCACCUUCUGCAAAUCCGUAGCCCGCGUCGGCUCUUCCAACCUCCUACCGGACGACUGCGUGUACGCCCUGCGCCUACUCUGCGACAUUUUCUGUCUGAGUACGCUCGUGGCCGGCUUGCCUGAGCUGUUUGAGAGUGGGUUUGUCAAUCCUACGCAGGCGAGAUUACUGAGGAGAGCAUUGGACGAAGCAGUUUUGAUCAGGAUGGAUGUUGGCAGCGCGGUCGCGCUGACGGACGCAUUUGCGUUUACCGGGUUCGAGAUGGCGGGGAGCGUACUUGGCCGGGGGGAUGGGAGGGUGUACGAGGGGAUGUGGAGGACUGUUCGCGAAGGGGAGAGUGGGAAGGAGAGUGAGUUUUUGGAGGAGUGUUUGGAGAUUACGGGGCAUUAUCGCGGGAGGAGGAGGAAUGCAAAGUUGUAG